CACCGCAACCACCGCAACCACCGCAACCACCGCAACCACCGCAACCUCCGCCAGAGGCCGUCACACCGCUAGCACGUUACCACAGCUUAUAUGCUCAACUCACACAGAAGUCCCAGCCUUGCAUUUCUACAAGCACACAGCAGACGCACGCUGAGCCUAACCCUGACUUUACACCGAAUGGAUAUUUCAACACAGAGUCAGCAGAGGAACUGGAAUCAUCUGUGGCAGGCACACAAACUGAACCCAGUAGGCCACACUGCUCCCCUAUAGAGCACUGUCACACAGGUGAAAACGCAUCCCAAACUGACCUGGGGUCAGAUUGUGCGUCUGGUACCCCACCGGUGCCGAACGGUGUCUUGCCGAACGGGAUGACAGGUUUGCACGCUCACCCAGAGAAUGCCGCCCUGCUCAUGCCAUCCUUCCCAGGAUGCAGUGGGGUGGCGGACCCUCAGCAGAGCCUGCUCAGUGUGGAGGCCAGCCUGCAGGCCAACCAGAAGCGGAUUACAACUCUGCUCAACAUCAUCCAAGACCUGGAGAUGAGCCACGCGCUCAGCAGAGGGCGGCGAUGCUUUCGUACAGGGCAGGACCUUGGAGAGUGCACUACAUGCCAGGAAACUGCUUGCAUCGUCUAUAACGUGGAGUACGACUUCAGGCAGCAAGAGCGGCGUUUCAAAGACUUUCUCCAGCUCUCUGACGACACCUACUAUCCCUCUCCGCCCACGUUCCUACCUCCCAUCCCAGACGAAAGUGACGACCCCUCCUCCCCGCCAACAUUUCUACUGCCCGUCCUGUUUCCCCCCUCGGCUCUCUCGUCCCCUGGCACCCCUGAUGAGAGACUCGCUCUGAAGCCCAGGGCCAAGACUAAAAAACUCUGCAAGAAGCUCCUCUCGUGGCUGCCCAGGAAAAUUAAGCAAAAGUAGCUCUUGCUCCUCCAUCGCCCGUCCGCCUGCUCAUCUGUCUUGGCAAGGAAAGUGCUCUAAACUGACGACGUGUUCACUGUUUUUUCAUCAUUCUUACUCUUAAUUGUUUUUGUAAUGGCAAAGAUUCAAAUUCAGGGAGACAGACAUGAAGAGAGAGACCCCUUCUCAGGAUAAAACAGGGAAAAAAAUACAAACUACGGACACACUGUCUCAAAUAUUCUCAUGCUAGCUUUAUCAGCAUGAAUUUCCAGCCAUUGAUGUAAGGGCAUUAUCGAUAUAGUGGGACAAUCUAAUUACCUCCAGGAGAAAGGAUUACCGGCAGCUCUGUCAAUGUGACAGAAAGUUCCGGAUUCUGAUCGCCAGCAGAGUGACUUCAACUGGCUCAACAUGAUUUGCACAAUGGAUUGUGAAUGGCUUUGCUUACAAUCUACAUAUUCUUACAAUCUCUGUCCACACCUUUUUGUGCUUGAUAUCUCCUAUCCCAAAGCUACCACAUCUAAAACCAUGUACAGAAUAUCUUAAAUCAGAUGUAAACCAGACAAUGUUUCUUCAAUGCAACAGGCAGUUAUCUUGACUUGUAAGCUUUUUUUAGGGUGGUGAGAAACAUAAUAGACAAUAUCAAUUUGCAAUAGAUUUGUUCAUGUGUCUCCAGAGGGACUAGUCCAAUACAAGGUUGGUUAGGUUUUCAGUGAGAGAAUCUCAGUAGAAUGGCAUGAGGGACAUGGGUAGA